GUUGCAUGGUGGACGUAAGACGGCAGCAUGGGGGACAGCUUCCUGCACCUGGGGGACAUCGUGUCCCUCUUCGCGGAGGGCUCUGUCUCAGGCUUUCUCAGUACUUUGGGGUUGGUAGAUGACAGAUGCGUUGUGUGCCCGGAGGCCGGCGAUCUGACUGAUCCGCCCAAAAAGUUCCGGGAUUGCCUGUUCAAGAUAUGCCCCAUGAACCGAUACUCCGCGCAAAAGCAGUUCUGGAACACCGCCAAGCAGUCGGCGAACGCCAACGCCGACACCGACACAGGACUGCUCAAGAGGUUACAUCAUGCCGCUGAAAUAGAGAAGAAGCAGAAUGAUCUGGAGAACAAGAAAUUGUUGGGAACUGUCGUGCAGUACGGCAGCGUCAUACAGCUACUGCACGUCAAGUCCAACAAAUACCUUACUGUGAACAAGAGAUUGCCCGCGUUGCUAGAGAAGAAUGCGAUGCGGGUACAUCUAGACGCAAAUGGAAAUGAGGGCUCGUGGUUUUAUGUAAUGCCUUUUUAUAAACUGCGCUCGACUGGGGACAAUGUGGUGGUAGGCGAUAAAGUGAUAAUGAACCCGGUAAAUGCGGGCCAGCAAGUCCUACACGUGUCGUCCAGCCACGAGCUACCGGACAACGUGGGCUGCAUGGAGGUAAACGUCGUGAAUUCUUCAACGUCAUGGAAGGUGACCCUUUUCCUGGAGCACAAGGAGAAUCAGGAGGAGAUCCUUAAGGGUGGGGACGUGGUGCGGCUGUUCCACGCGGAGCAGGAGAAGUUCCUGACGAUGGACGAGUACCAAAAGCGGCAGCACGUCUUCUUACGCACCACCGGCAGGUCGAGUGCAACCGCUGCUACUAGUAGCAAGGCGCUCUGGGAGAUAGAGGUAGUGCAGCAUGACCCAUGCCGCGGUGGUGCGGGCCAUUGGAACUCAAUCUUCCGCUUCAAGCAUCUCGCCACAGGACACUACCUCGCCGCCGAAGCCUGUCUCAAAGCGCCUGACGCGCCGCUAGAGAGCGGUGAGCCGGCGUACCAGCUGGUGUCAGUACCGCACUCCUCUGAGAUCGCCACACUCUUCGAGCUCGACCCCACCACCAUGACCCACUCCGACGCCGCCGUGCCACAGAGCAGCUACGUCAGAUUACAGCAUUUAUGCACGCACACAUGGGUCCACUCUACAUCUAUACCGAUUGACAAAGAGGAAGAAAAACCUGUUAUGUCCAAGGUCGGAUGUUCAAUAGUAAAGGAAGACAAAGAAGCAUUCGCCUUGAUAUCGGUAUCUCCCAGCGAAGUGAGAGAUUUAGACUUCGCGAACGACGCGUGCAAAGUGCUGUCGGCCUUGUCGACCAAACUUCACCACGGCAAUAUAGAGCAUAAUGAGAUGAAAGCCCUAACCUGUCUGUUACAAGAUAUCGUAUACUUCAUAGCUGGCUUCGAGAACGAACCCAACAAGUCCAAGGCCCUGGACCUGGUGGUGGAGAACCCCAACAGGGACAGACAGAAGCUGCUGCGAGAACAGUACAUACUGCGGCAGCUAUUUAAGAUACUACAGGGUCCGUUCCAAGAGACGAGCGAGGGUGGGGGUGAGCCGUUCCUGAAGAUCGAGGAGCUGUACGACCCUCGCUACGCACCCUACAAGUGUAUCUUCCGCCUCUGCUACCGCAUCCUGCGCCUCAGCCAGCAGGACUACAGGAAGAACCAGGAAUACAUAGCAAAGCACUUCGGCUUCAUGCAGAAGCAGAUUGGCUAUGACAUCCUUGCAGAGGACACAAUCACCGCGCUGCUACACAACAACCGCAAGCUGCUGGAGAAGCACAUCACCGCAUCUGAGAUUGAAACAUUCGUUGGUCUCGUACGUAAGAACAUGAAGACAUGGCAAUCAAGAUUUCUGGAUUAUCUGAGUGAUUUGUGCAUUUCCAACAAGAAGGCAAUCGCGGUGACGCAGGAGUUGAUAUGCAAGAGUGUCCUCUGCGCUAAUAAUGCUGAUAUACUUAUAGAAACCAGAUUGGUUUCUACAAAAUACGAACGUUCAUCGGAAGUUGAGGAGACGGAGAACAAAUACACAGUCGAAGAUGAAGUCAUGUUGUUAUGGAACAAUAAGAAAUGUUCCCGCUUAUUGUCUGAGCUGGCGACGGAGGCGCGCUUGGAGCCGCGCAGUGAAGCAGCAGCCAUCCUCGACUACUACCGCCAUCAGCUCGACCUCUUCUCCAACAUGUGUCUCAACAGACAAUACCUGGCCCUCAAUAGCCUCUCUCCACAGCUGCACAUAGAUCUUAUACUCAAAUGCAUGUCGAACGCGUCUCUCUCCCAGGAGUUGCGCGCGUCUUUCUGCCGGCUGAUGCUGCACCUGCACGUGGACCGCGACCCACAGGAGCCAGUCACCCCCGUCAAAUACGCGCGUCUCUGGAGUGACGUCAGCGACACCAUACAUGUGCACGAUUACCAGUGCGUGAAGGGUGGAGCUGACGCGACACGAGAGAAGGUGAAAGCCCAGUUCGCGUCCACCAUCCGCUUCGUGGAGAACUAUCUCUGCCGCGUCGUCACCAGCACCUGGUACUUCAGCGACCACGACCAGAACAAACUCACCUUCGAAGUCGUCAAACUGGCGAGAGAACUAAUAUAUUUCGGAUUUUAUAGCUUCAGCGAUUUACUUCGUUUAACGAAGACAUUACUCAGUAUACUAGACUGUGUGACCGCCAUGGACCUGCUGAAUGAGACGAGUCCACUCGCAGGAGAAGUCGAAUCUCAAGAAUUGGAAUUAAAGAAGCCUGAGGGCGGUGUACUCCGCAGUAUAGGCGACAUGGGCGCGGUGAUGACGUCCAUCACUUUAGGCUCAGUAGCGCGCAACGUUGUGGGCAGUGGGAACGGCGGCGGUGUACAGGGCAGUCCGUCCGCACUCGCGUUGGCUCGCAAACAUCCGCUGGUCAUGGAGACCAAGCUCAAGAUUAUUGAAAUAUUACAAUUCAUACUGGACGUGCGACUGGACUACCGCAUCAGCUGUCUGCUGUCCAUCUUCAAGAAGGAGUUCGAGCAGUCAACAGAGAGACAGGCAGAGAGCUUGGCCCGAGCUGACGUGGAAGCAAUAGGUCUUCAGGCUGAAGGCAUAUUUAGUUGUCGAGCCAUACAGACUGUGCCUGACAACUGCCUACCAAAAAAUGUAGAUUUGGACGGUUUGGACCUGGACGAGUGCGGAGGCCGCAUGGUACUACGCGUGCUGUUGCAGCUCUGCUCUCAGGGCGCGUCCGCGGCGCUGGUGUCGGGCGCGCUGGCUCUCCUCUUCCGACACUUCAGUCAGAGGCAGGAGGUGCUCGCUGCAUUCAAACAGGUACAACUGCUGGUGUCUGACGCGGACGUGGAGUCGUACAAGCAGAUCAAGGCGGACCUGGAUGUACUGCGGCAGAGCGUCGAGAAGUCCGAGCUGUGGGUGUUCAACAAGGGCCGUGCAGGCGCACUCGACGACCACACAGAGCUGAAAGGCACAGUGGGUCCUGGCGGGGCAGUACUGGAACGGAAUGCAUCACUGGACAACGUGCUGGACACCUCGCGUGCCACCAAGUACGACCACAUGCACGAGUACGAGAAGAUCAAAGAGAUCCUGCAGCGUAUGAUAAAGUACUGCACUCAGGGUAACAGCGGGGGAGGGGACACAGGCAAACCUCGCCGCCAUGAGCAACGUCUGCUGAGGAACAUCGGCGUACACAACAUCGUACUCGAUCUGCUGCAGGUGCCUCAUGACGAAGAUGAUGCAGCGAUGGACGAGCUGCUGGCACUCGCGCACGAGUUCCUGCAGCGCUUCUGUCACGGCAACCAGCAGAACCAGGCCAUCCUACACAAACAUCUAGAUUUGUUCCUCAACGCUGGGAUACGUGAAGCGCAAACUGUGUGCGCAAUAUUCGAGGAGAACCCCGCGUUGUGCGCUCACGAGGGCAAUGACAAGGUGGCGGCGCAUUUCGUGCACUGUAUUGAGACUCGCGGCCGUCGUCCCGCUUACUUACACUUCCUGCGCACUAUUGUACGUGCUGCUGGACAACACAUCCGCCGCAGUCAGGACCUCGUCAUGCAGGAGAUGGUGAACGCUGGUGAGGAUGUGCUCGUGUUCUACAACGACAAGGUGUCCUUCAACUACUUCAUACAGAUGAUGCGUCAGUACAAACAGACAAACGAGAUGCCUGAAGCAUUAAGGUACCACAUCCAGCUGGUGAAGCUGCUGACUUGCUGUACUCUCGGCAAGAAUGUGUACACGGAGAUCAAGUGUCACAGCUUGCUGCCGCUGGACGACAUCGUAGCCACCAUCACACACCCUGACUGCAUACCAGAGGUGAAGGAGGCGUACGUGGGCUUCCUGAACCACUGCUACAUAGAUACGGAGGUGGAGAUGAAAGAGAUCUACUCCAGUAAUUACAUGUGGGACCUGUUCGAGAGGUCCUUCCUGCAGGACAUGCAGGCUAUACUGCACAGCGAUGCAACAGCAUACGCAGGACCCAGUACGUCUACGGACGAGGUGUUCUCACCGCAGAAGUCGUGUGCGAGCAGCACACAGCGGGCGUGGCUGGCGUACGUCACUGAUGUGCUCAUGCACACCAUAUGUACCUUCUUCAACUCACCCUUCAGCGACCAGAGCACCACUGUACAGACGCGACAGUCGAUCUUCGUGAAGCUGCUGCAGACGACGUUCCGCAUCUACCAGUGUCCCUGGCUGACACCGCCGCAGAAACUCAACGUGGAGAAGUGCAUACGCACCCUCAGUGAAGUCGCCAAAAGCCGGAGUAUCGCCAUACCACUGGAGCUGGAGGCGAAGAUCCAGACUGUGUUUGAGAAAGCGGCCGCUCUCUCCCGACAGACCAGCAAGUGGCUGCAGGCCUCCAAGACAUCCAAACUUGAGAAAAUGGCCUCACAGUCGAACCUGCAGAACGAUCGUUCCGUGAUGGAGGGUCUGCAGGAGAUCGUGUGCCUGCUGGAGGAGCAGCUGCGGCCUCUGCUGCAGGCGGAACAGUCGCUGCUUGUCGACAUCCUCUACCGUCCGCACAGGCUGUUCACAGGGCCUGGAGAACUAGCCCAUCCUGAUACCAGCGGGAUAUUUAUAUCUAGAUUAAUUCGACAUACAGAGAAGCUUCUAGAAGAAAAAGAAGAGAAGCUUUGCGUCAAAGUGUUACGUACACUUAGAGAGAUGAUGGCUGUCGACCCAGAGUACGGUGAAAAGGGCAACCAGUUGCGCAACAAGUUGCUGUCUCAGUACUUCGUGAAUCGUAAAUCAGAGGCCAAGAUCCAGCCGCCACAGCCUCCGCCUGUCGCUACACACGGCCCCGGCGCCAAGGUACUCCUGCGCACGGGGCAGACACUGUCGCAAGUGCAGGCGCACCUCGACCGCGAGGGUGCCUCAGACCUGGUGGUGGAGCUGGUCAUCAACAGCGUCAACAGACCUGCCAUCUUCCUUGAGGCCAUACAACUAGGCAUCGCUCUACUGGAGGGAGGCAAUCCUAUCAUACAACGUAGUAUAUUCACUAAGUUGCAAAAUGGCGAGAUAUCACAAUCUUUCUUAAAGGUGUUCUACGAUAAGAUGCGAGAGUCGCAGCAGGAGAUCAGAUCCUUGGCCACCAGCAGCACCGCCAGCGCUGGUGCAGACAAGCGCGCCAGCCCCACUGACAAACAGAAACCCAUCGCUACUGAAGGUAAACCGUCUCCUGGUCCAAUAGUUGUGGGUGAGGACAUGGAUGAUGAGAUCACGAACGCUUGCGGCUCCGCUGUACACGCCUACUCUGACAUACACACAAUGUCACACGGAACAACAGUUCUGGAAGAAAUAAUGUCAGAAAAGAAACGCGAGACUAGCAACAAUGAUGUGCUGCCUCCCAAGGUUGCUGUCAUGAGACCCAUCCUGCGCUUCCUCCAGCUCCUCUGCGAGAACCAUAACCCUGACUUACAGAACUUACUACGUAAUCAAAACAACAAAAGCAACUACAACCUGGUAUCCGAGACGUUGAUGUUCCUGGACUGCAUCUGCGGCUCCACUACUGGUGGCCUGGGUCUUCUGGGGCUGUACAUCAACGAGGGGAACGUGGCACUCAUCAACCAGACCCUGGAGACACUUACUGAGUACUGCCAAGGUCCUUGCCAUGAGAAUCAAAACUGCAUAGCAACACACGAGAGCAACGGUCUAGAUAUUAUAACAGCGUUAAUCUUGAACGAUAUCAACCCUCUGGGCAAGACGCGUAUGGAUCUAGUGCUGGAGCUGAAGAACAACGCCUCCAAACUGCUGCUCGCCAUCAUGGAGUCACGCAAUGACUCCGAGAACAAUGCUGAAAGGAUAUUGUACAACAUGAACCCGGAACAAUUGGUGGAUGUUGCGUGUUCUGCGUUCAACCAGGAGCACGCGAUGGACGCAGACUCCGAUUCUGAAGAUGACGCGCCAGUACAAGGCGUGUCUCCUAAAGAAGUGGGACACAAUAUCUACAUCCUGUGCCAUCAGCUGGCCGGCCAUAACAAGGAGCUGGCGGCACUAGUGCGCGCUACACCCUCUGGUGUUAACGCACCUGCACUACAGUACUACCGCACGCACACUGCACAGAUUGAGAUAGUGCGAACGGACCGCAGUAUGGAACAAAUUGUGUUCCCUAUCCCGGAGAUCUGCGAGUAUCUGCCAGCGGACAGCAAGCACCGUGUACUGCAGACCGCAGAGCGCGAUGACCAGGGCAGCAAGGUUGCCGACUUCUUCUCUCGUCUCGACAACCUCUUCCACGAGAUGAAGUGGCAGAAGAAGCUACGAGGUCAACCGUUCCUGUUCUGGGUGUCAUCGUACAUGUCACUAUGGAGCAAUAUCUUGUUCAACUUUGCCGUACUCAUCAACGUCAUCGUAGCAUUCUUUUAUCCAUUCCAAGAAGAAAAUCCAAAGUUGGGCCAGCACUUGUCGCUGGUGGUGUGGUGCGUGUCUCUGGCGGCGGGCACGCUGGUAGCCUGUCUGCCGCGCUCGUCUGGUGCGCGCGCACUGCUCGCCAGCGCCAUCGUGCGCCUCAUCUACUCCGCCGGGCCCGAGCCUACACUAUGGGCACUCGGCAUGCUCACUAUUGUAGUGAAGGGCAUUCACCUGGUUAGCAUCAUGGGCAACCAGGGCACGUUGUCCAAGUCGACGCGGAACGUUAUCACAGACCCCGAGCUGCUCUACCACAGCGUCUACCUCUGGUUCUGCUUCCUCGGCAUCUGCUGUCAUCCGUUCUUCUUCUCUGUGCUCUUGCUGGACAUCGUGUACCGCGAGGAGACAUUGUUGAACGUAAUGCGGUCGGUCACCCGCAACGGUCGGUCCAUCUUACUGACGGCUGUACUGGCGCUGGUGCUCGUCUACAUGUUCUCCAUCGUAGGCUACAUGUUCUUCCGAGACCAUUUCCUGCUCAACGUCGACCGGCUCGAUGAUGACGACGACCCGCGGUUCGAGGAGCGCUGCGACAGCAACCCCGCCAGCAAGUACCAGCGGGCGUCGCGCUUCGUGUCAGUGGGCGGAUCUUUGCGGGAGAGGAGCUGCGACUCUCUCAUCAUGUGCAUCGUCACCACGCUCAACCAGGGCCUGCGCAAUGGCGGCGGCAUCGGAGAUAUACUGCUGGCACCUGCAAGCUUUGAGCCAUUAUUCGUUGCACGCGUGGUGUAUGAUCUACUAUUCUACUUCGUGGUGAUCGUAAUUGUACUGAACCUCAUAUUCGGUGUGAUCAUCGACACCUUCGCCGACCUGCGUAGCGAGAAGCAGCAGAAAGAACUUAUAUUGAAGAACACAUGUUUUAUAUGUGGGUUGAACAGGUCAGCCUUUGACAACAAGACUGUCUCAUUCGAGGAGCACAUCAAGAGCGAGCACAACAUGUGGCAUUACCUCUACUUCAUGGUGCUGGUGCGUGUCAAGGACCCCACCGAGUUCACCGGUCCCGAGAGCUACGUGCACUCUAUGAUAAAGUCCAACAAUCUCGAUUGGUUCCCCCGGCUGCGUGCGCUGUCUCUGAUGGGUGGUGGUGAGGGUGAUGGAGGUGAGGUGGAGCUGCGCGCGCUGCAGGCGCAGCUCGAGCGCGCGCAGGCCGCCGUGCGCACGCUCACUGACCUGCUCACCGAACUGCGCGACCAGAUGACGGAGCAGCGGAAGCAAAAGCAACGCAUCGGUCUGCUCAAUUCUACGUCUGCGUAUCUGCAGAACUUGCAGAUGAACUUACCGCCGUGACUGACCACGCCCCCCAGCAGCCAAGCCACGCCUCUGCACCGCCCACACUACACGAUACGUCAUUUAAAUUAUAUUAUUUAAUAUAAAAUCAAGUUAAAUAUUAAAAUAAUUCACGUAAUUUCCAUUUCAGGAGUUUAAUUGUUACUAAAGUUAUGCUAAGUGACUUCAUUUACAAUUUAGCUGAGUGUGGGUAUAGUUUGAGAGAUGUUUGUCUAACGCACAAUCGACUUUAUUCACGUAGCUUCAAGGUUUAUUUUCCCAUUUCAGUCUACAAUGACACACGACAUUCAUUAAUUAGAAAAAAAUAACUUUUCUUAUCUUAACGUGUUUUUAAGUUAAGCGGAGAUAAAGACAGAGUUGCUUAUUAUAGGAAUAUAAAAGUCUAAACAAAGAUGUCUGGACUAGAUUGUUCUAGGGAUCUCUGACUAUAUAUUUUUUUAAUAUAGACUAAAUAUAUAUCUACAUGUAUUCGACUAAGACGUCCUACGACAUGUAGUUCAUCUAUAAUUUAAAAAAGCAAUAUGUCACUGUGACAUUGACAGUUGUUUGACAGAUCGCAAGAAUCUCGCGCCAUUUGAAUGUCAAAUUUGACAGAUUCGUUUUUAAAUCAACUAUUCGUUUAUUUGUUAAGGGUCAAUGUUGAGGCUUAGUAACGUUUAGUAAUAAUGUUACAAAUAUUGAAAAAGAUUAAAUAUUAAUAAAAUAGUGUAUACGGAUAUUAAUGGCAACACUGUUAGCUAGGAAUAAUUAGCAAGUUCAUUGGUGACGUAGUACUUAGAAUAAUCAAUGGA